GAAUGGCUGGAGGCGCUGUCGCUCAAUGUGAGGGCCCGCCCCCAAGGCGCGGCGGUGUGAUUCCGCGGGAGCGGAGCUACGGUGGCCGGYGGGGUUGGGGCCGCUCCGCGUCCUGCCAUGGGCGGCCGCAUCGAGUGCCCGAGGACUUCAUCUCCCGGGAGCUGUUUGACACCAUCCAGGUGUACGUCAUCACGAAGCCCGAGCUGCAGAACAAGCUGAUCACCGUGACAGCCAUGGAGAAGAAGCUGAUCGGCUGCCCCGUGUGCAUUGAGCACAAGAAGUACAGCCGGAAUGCUCUGCUCUUCAACCUGGGCUUCGUGUGUGACGCCAGAGCCAAGGCCUGUGCGCUGGAGCCCAUCGUGAAGAAGCUGGCUGGCUAUCUCACCACCCUGGAGCUGGAAAGUGGAUUCAUCUCCAAUGAGGAGAGUAAACAGAAGCUGGUUCCCAUCAUGACCAUCCUGCUGGAGGAGCUGAAUGCCAAAGGGAAGUGCACCCUGCCCAUAGAUGAGUCGAACACCAUCCACCUGAAGGUGAUCGAGCAGCGCCCAGACCCCCCCAUCGUGCAGGAGUAUGAUGUCCCUGUCUUCACCCAAGACAAGGAUGACUUCUUCAACUCCCAGUGGGAUCUCACCACACAGCAGAUCCUGCCCUACAUCGAUGGAUUUCGGCACGUCCAGAAGAUUUCAGCAGAGGCUGACGUGGAGCUGAACUUGGUGCGCAUCGCUGUGCAGAACCUGCUGUACUACGGGGUUGUCACACUUGUCUCCAUACUCCAGUACUCCAAUGUCUACUGCACCACGCCCAAGGUGCAGGACCUGGUGGAUGACAAAUGUCUCCAGGAAGAGUGUCUAUCCUACGUCACCAAACAAGGGCACAAGCGAGCCAGCCUCAGGGAUGUCUUCCAGCUGUACUGCGGGCUGAGCCCUGGCACCACCGUGCGAGACCUCAUCUCCCGCUACACCCUACAGCUCCAGAGGGUGGAUGAGAGGAGGCUCAUCCAGUUUGGUUUGAUGAAGGGCCUUAUCCGGCGGCUCCAGAAAUACCCUGUCAAGGUCGCCCGGGACGAGCGGAGCCACCCAGCCCGGCUGUACACGGGCUGCCACAGCUACGAUGAGAUCUGCUGUAAGACAGGCAUGAGYUACAAGGAGCUGGAUGAGCGCCUGGAGAACGACCCCAACAUCAUCGUGUGCUGGAAGUGA